AUGGCAUGUACUGAGGCACAAAAAGUGCAGUUCGGUAAGCAUAUAUUAACUGAGGAAGUUGAUGAUCGGUGGGGUAACACUCGCCAGAGAUUGGAAGCUGCGGGUAAUGAAAUUACAUGGGUUGUGUUCAAAGGAGAGUUUCUGGACAAGUUUUUUCCAGAAGAUGUACGUGGUAAGAAAGAGAUUGAGUUUCUGGAAUUAAAACAAGGGAACUCAACUGUUGCUGAAUAUGCUGCUAAGUUCGAGGAACUUAUGAAACUCUGUUCACACUACAAUGAUGCAGUUGUAGUGGUUUCCAAAUGUAUCAAGCUUGAGAAUGGGUUGCGUUCUAAGAUCAAGCAGGGCAUCAGUUAUCAACAGACUCGUCGGUUUCCUAAACUGGUGAACAAAUGCAUAAUAUAUGAUGAGGACGCUGACAAACGGAAACAGGGAAUUUCAUAUGAUAGAAGGCCAAGUGUGGGAGAUGAUCCUGCUCAUAUCAAGUGUUAUAGCACCACUUGUCAGAAACCAAAGAAAUCUCAGACUGGAGGGAAGGUGUUUGUGUUGGCUGGAUCUCAGCCUAACAGUUCUAUCAGGUUGAUUAGAGGUACAUGUUAUAUUCACGAUAUUUCUUUGAUUGCUAUUAUUGAUACGGGUGCAACACGCUCGUUUAUUUCUGCUAAUUGUGUACGAAAAGUGGGUCGUGUUUUGUCUACUCUGAAUGGUGGACUAGUUAUUGACACUUCAACUAAUGGGUCGGUGACUACUUGUUUGGUAUGUCUGAAUUAUCCUUUGUCCAUCUAUGGCAAGGACUUUGGUAUUAAUUUAAUUUUCUUACCACUGGAAGAUAUGGAUGUAAUUAUGGGAAUGAAAUGGUUGGAGUUCAACCAUGUUUAUGUCAAUUAUUACAACAAAACUUUACGGUUUCUUGCUUCUGAAGAUAAACAAGAAGAUGAUUUUAUAUCUGCUAAAGAAUUGAAGGAAUUGUUGAAAGAUGAAGCUACAACAUAA